CCCCCGCCCCCCCCAUGAGGGACACCGCCACGUCCUCCAGGAAGCGUUGACGUCCGAUUAUAAGCAGCUGUCCGUCACCUGAAUCAUCCAGAAGGCUCUCUGCUUGCCUGGACCCGAAGGUUGAAGGCCUCGACAUGACCUCCCAGAUCCCAGCGCUCACCCAGCCGGACACCCCGAGGACCGACAGCGUCUCCUCCAUCCUGUCGGGGUUCUACUCUCUGGACUCGGGCGUUCCUGGGCUCUCUCAGGUGAUUCUCGACAAGCUGAACAUGAAGGACUACGGAGAAUACAGGGCUGCCGUUGAGGGAGAAGCCAAAGGAGUCGCUUUCCGCAGCUACAAGGAGAUGUUCCAGAAGAUGGAGGAGACCUUCGAGUUCUGGGCCGGCUGCAACAGACUCCCGGCGCGCCUCGCCGAGGGCCAGGCGCUGAAGCGCUGCGUGAAGUGCUUGAACGUGUACUACUGCACCAAAGACUGCCAGAGGAAGGACUGGCCUCUGCACAAAAAGGUCUGCAAGACGCUGCGGCUGGUGGCCAUCGACAGGCUGGUGGAGUGGCUGAUGUUCACCGGAGACCUCCCCCUCCCCACGGAGAAGUGGUCCAAGCCGGCGGGCGAGGUGAAGAACUGGGACGACUGGCUCGCCAUGCGGGGGGACCUGGCGCCGCUCCUGGACGCCGUCUCGUCCGGCGCCAACAUGGCGACUCUGUGGAGGAACGCCGGCAGGCCGAGGCCGGGUGACUCUGACCUGCGGGGGUCUCUGUGGCGGAUCCAGAGCGAGUUCCUCUCCCGGGUCCUCGCCGUCGGGACGGCGGUGCAGCGCUUUGGCCUCGACCCGCUCGCCAAGCCGCUCACCGUCCACGUAGCGGGGGCCUCGCACAACGAGACGCUGGGCGCCAGGCCCACGGACUACGACGAGCUGAACCACAUGUUCCCCGGGCACCAGGGCAUGGAGGUGGUCCUGGUGGGGCCGGAGGUGGUGGACGGCCCCGUCACCAGGCCUCCCCUCAGGGCCUUGGGCCCCAGGCAGAGGGUCUACGUCAGCGCCCACAAGGGCCUCUACCACCAGUUCUGGGAAGACGUGGUGGAGAAGGAGGAAGCAGCCAAGCCAGACCUGGUGGUGGGAUUCCAUCCCGGUUUCCACGCCAACCAGGGUCUGUUAGAAGGCUGGCUGCCCACCCUUCUGCUGCUGAGGGACUACGACAUCCCUUCCUUCUUCACCGUGUUCAGCGAGGCGGAGCUCGAGUCCUCCCUCCGCGUCCUGUCGGAGCUGGAGGUGCACGUCAGGGACAGCGGGAGGAACCCGUUCGCGGCCCAGAAACCCGAGCAGCGCCACUCCAGCCCCAACAAAGCGCCGGUCUUCUGCAACUCUCACUACGUCCGGUUCCAGGGGCCGCUGCCUCGAGAAGACUGAGCUCUCGGCACUGACUCUUCACCCGCUGCAUCGGGUCCCUCGAAACAGUGAAACGCACAAUGACUGGGCGCGAUUUAGAGGAACGACUCGCAUCAUGAGACGUGGGUGCAAAGCCGUGUGCUCCGUUGGCUCCCCGACGUAGCUGGAUGAGGGCCACGCGUGGAGGAGAGAAGAAAUGAGUCGUUUUAGAGUUUCUCAGCAAUUUGGUCGCAUUCCCCGAAUCUCACAAUAGAUGCAGGAAAGCAGAUCAUUUGCAUACUAAUGGAACACUUAAUCCAAUAUGGCAACUAAAUGAAUGGCACCUCUUGCGGUGCUGCUCUGUAGUCGUUGCUCUACUCUGAAUGGUGUUGUGCAUUAACAUCACAGCCAAUGGAAUAGUGGAGCCGUCGUGCCUUUCCAAUGAAUAAAGAUGACGCAAACUCUGUGCACGGUGCUUAGCUAGAAGCACAUUUAAAUGGGUGACAAAAGAUUGUCUAAAGGUGCCACUUAAUGACGACGAAACCUUGCGGAGCUUAAUUGGAUGAACGUUUAAACAUCUGAUGCUGAAUGACGACACACUGAUGUGUUCAACAUAACGACAGAGACGUGUGUUCAGGAGGAAACGUCAUUUUGCAUCUACGGUGCGACUCUGCUCUCUAGUGGAUGAUAAUGCAGGUGGUGUUU